AUGGGUAGAAGUAAAGUUAGAAAAAUCAAACCAAAAAAAAAAAAACCAAUAAAACUUGAAACUCAAUUUAAUUGCCCUUUUUGUAGUUACAAGAAAUCUAUUGACAUAAAAAUGCAUAGAUCAAAAGGAAUAGGAGAAUUAAUUUGUUUAAAAUGUGGUGUAAAAUAUGUAAAUCAAAUAACCAAUUUAGAUGAGUGUAUCGAUGUUUAUAGUGAAUGGGUAGAUAAAUGUUUAGACGUUAAUAAAAAAGGUUGUAAUGAAAUUUAUUUUAAUGAAGAAUUGGAAUCUUAUAACAAUUUUGAGGAUAAGGCAAUUAUUGAUAAUACCCCUAGUUAA